GUUGGCCCGUGCGCCAUCAGAAACUCUUGCCGCUAAGAUAAAAUCAAAGACGACUCCAAACAUCGACACAACUUCACAAUUCCCACUUUCAGCGUAAAUUCUGCGCCUAUUGCACAUCGAUAGAGAAAUAUUGAAAGCUUAUCCAAGCUUACAUGCGGGUAAGAAUUUUGCUCCAGAAAUUCUAGCACCUGUUCCGAAGCCCAUCAGCCCGAAAAGCACAUCUAUCAUGGCUUCAAAUGGAGCACCGGAGGAAGUCGAUCUCUAUGAGGUUCUCGGAAUCCCCAAGUCUUCGACCAAAUCUGAAAUCAAGAAGGCAUAUCACAAGGCAGCGUUACAACAUCACCCAGAUAAGGUCCCCGAAGAGCAGAGAGAAGAAUCCGAAUUGAAAUUCAAGGCUGUCAGUCAAGCAUAUGAAAUUCUUCACGAUGAAGAGAAGCGACAUCUCUACGAUACUCACGGCAUGGCCGCCUUUGACCCCGCCAGAGGGGGCGGGAUGGGAGGCGGGGUAGAUCUGGACGACAUUUUGGCACAAAUGUUUGGCAUGGGAGGAGGUAUGCCACCAGGAUUCGGUGGAGAGAGUGGUCCAAAGCGUCCCCGAAGAGGCAGAGAUGAGGAGCAAAAAUACGAAGUUACACUGGAGGAACUUUACAAAGGCAAAACCGUGAAGUUUGCCAGCACGAAGAAUAUCAUCUGCACCCAUUGCAAAGGCACGGGAGGAAAGAAGGAUGCCAAGCCCCAGACUUGCGAGCGAUGCAAGGGUAACGGUAUAACGGUGGGACUUCGAUCUGUUGGGCCAGGAUUGGUGACUCAGGAGAGAGUAGUCUGCGAUACUUGUUCGGGGACAGGGAAGAUUUUCAAGGAGAAAGACAAGUGCAAGAAGUGCAAGGGCAAGAGAACAACAUCCGAGAAGAAGGUACUAGAGAUCUACAUUCCAAGAGGCGCCCGGGAGGGAGAAAGAAUCGUUCUUGAGGGAGAGGCAGAUCAGGUGCCCGAUCAGACCCCAGGAGAUAUUGUGUUCACCCUAGUGGAGGAGGACCAUGAAAUGUUCCAGAGAGCCGGCGACGAUCUUUCAGCAGAGCUGAAUAUCAGUCUUUCGGAAGCCCUCACCGGCUUCUCAAGAGUCGUAUUGAAGCACCUCGACGGCCGUGGUAUCCAUCUCAACCAUCCUCAAGGAAAGGUCUUGAAGCCUGGUCAGAUUCUCAAGAUUGCAGGCGAAGGUAUGCCAUUGAAGAAGAGCGAUUCAAAAGGCGAUCUUUAUCUCGUGGUCAAGAUUGAAUUUCCUGAGGAUGGAUGGCUUGAGGAUCCGGCUGCUUUUGGCGAACUUCAGAAGAUUCUUCCGGGGCCUCCUCCAGUGGUUGAAACUACGGAAGUCGACGAAGUGGAGUACGAUUCUGAUGCCGAUAUUGAAGAUUUUGGUGCCAAUUCAGGGGACCCCCGAGCAGGUGGUGGUUGGGAAGAUGAAGACGAUGAGGAAGGAGGAGCUGCACAGUGUGCACAGCAGUAAAAAAGCAGCGAAAUAGAUAAUUUCAUGUGGUCACAAAGCAAUUUCAUUUUCGGUGGGAACUUUGCGGCAUAGACCGAACAUUGAAGGUCUUCGAUGCCUUUUCACGACUACAAUCCUGGGUAGAAUAGGGCAAUUGACUUUGCAGACAAAGCUCUACUAUGUAUUCUGAUGACACUGAAUGAAGGCUUCCAACCUCUUUUGUGUGACAGUAUGGAACAUGAUAUGCACGUUCCGAAGCUCCAAGGAAUGUGCAGGUUCUUGCGGUUCCAUUUGGGCUUUUCGAC